ACUCGAGGUUUUUAAAAGCAUAACUGUUGCACGCAGUUGCGCACAAUUGCAGUGAUCGUUCUAUAUCUACAGAUUGCAAGACAUUCAUGAAGCGAAUGAUUUAAUCGCCGAUAUUAAAGAUAAAAGUGAAAUUAUCAUUCAUCGCGACAGAAAGUGAACGUUGUAUGUGAUCGAUUUCGUCGUUUUAUCCGUGAGGCGGGUUUCUUGUUACAAAUCCGACGAUCAUGUCCGAUUAUUUCACCGAAAUGGGUUGGACACCUUUGGGUGACGGAGAAGCGCCGAAUCAUCUGAUUCAAAUGGCACGAUUCUUGCGAGACUUUGGCAUGUGGGACUUGAUCGGCCAGGACACGGAACUUCCACCACCAGCGUCGAAGAAUGCGGUGGCAAAUUUGCCAGAAAUUAAGAUCGAGUCUGGUGAAGUCAAGCAGUGCCCGGUUUGCUUAAAGGAAUUCGAGACAGACAGUAAAGCGAAAUCGAUGCCUUGUAAUCAUGUGUUUCAUCAGGAGUGUAUUGUACCAUGGCUGGAAAAGACCAAUUCAUGCCCGCUCUGCCGAUACGAAUUGCCAACAGAUGAUGAAGACUAUGAAAUGUAUAGGAAAGAGAAGAAACGAGCGAUAGAAAGAGAGAAGGAUUUGGAGUCGUUGCAUAAUUCCAUGUUUACCUAAUAGAUAUGUAAAUAUUUAAUAGAAAAAUGAUUCUGUUCUUUAUAUUCCAUUAGUUAAGAAUUCUCACUAUUGAAAAUGUUUGUAUUAGUAAAAGCUUUGAAUUAUUGAUAGUCGAAAAGAUAGUCAGCGAUUGUAUUAAUAUACAUGUAUAUUAAUAAAAUUUAUAUUUAUUAUUUAUUAAAGAAGAUGUCUUACAAAGAUUUUAUAAAGGAACAAACAUGCAGAGUAUAUUUUAUAUAUGUAUAUUGAUUAAAAAGUUAUAUGAUACUCUCUCUCAUUUGUGGUACGAAAGACGAUUAAAUAAAAAGACGUGAAUUAUUAAUAGGAAA